UUGGUCCCUCUACUCUGCUAUUAUUUUAAUUAGUAUUAUUAUAUUAAGGGGGAGGCGCUAAACCCAUGGGGGUCAUAUAACGCAUGUGGAAUGAAGCAGUUAAAUUUGAUCCGAGGAAGGGGAGGGUAGUUCCAGCUCCUGGACCCAUCAAGCAUCAUUCAGUAAUAAAGAUGGCGAGUAGGAACCCAGGCGCAGACCUUGAUUUGUCAUGGGUGAACAGUGUAAGGAUCAACCUGCCAGCAGUGAAGCGUCGAGCUGAGACUUUGGGCACAAAACGCACCGUAAAGAAGCAGUGGCAAGCAGCAUGGUUGUUAAGAGCAGUCACCUGCAUUGAUCUGACCACACUCUCAGGUGAUGACACAAAUGUCAAUGUUCAACGACUGUGUCAUAAAGCAGCACACCCCAUCCGGGAUGACAUAAUGAAGGCCAUGGGUAUGGAAGAUGCUGGCAUCACUUGUGGGGCUGUGUGUGUCUACCCUGCACGAGUAGCUGGUGCCAUCCAAACCUUGCAGAAGAUAGGAGCAGACAUUCCUGUAGCGGCAGUGGCAACAGGAUUUCCAUCUGGACAGUACCACUUGAAGACUCGGCUUGAAGAGAUCCACCUAACUGUAGCAGAUGGUGCAAAAGAAAUUGACAUCGUUAUCAAUCGAGAAAUGGCUUUAACGGGCAAUUGGCAAG